CUCAUCCCAAGCAGUGAGCACAGGUGGAGGGGGCCAUGUGCAGCUGGUCCGUCAGGCCAUGGCCCAGCUGACCUACUGCUCCCUCUGUCCUCCUGACGAUCUGGCUGACCGAGGUCUGCUGGGAAUCCCAAGUGCUCUCUAUGCCCACGAUGCUUUGCGGCUCUGGGAGAUCAUUGCCCGGUACGUGGAGGGGAUCGUCCACCUCUUCUACCACAGGGAUGACACCGUGAGAGGGGCCCCUGAGCUGCAGGCCUGGUGUCGGGAGAUCACUGAGGUGGGGCUCUGCCAGGCCCAGGACCGAGGUAAAACCCCUCCCCAGAGACAGGAGCUCCUCAGAGACUCUGCCCAGAGCCCCUUCUCAGCCCUGCCCUUCUGGGUUCAGGACCCCGACCCCUCAUCACAACCCCCUCUCCAGCCAUACAUGAAGCAUCUGAAUCCCAUUCCCACCUCCUAAGACCCAGGACAAUUCUACAUACCAAAGGUUGU